CCUGAAGCGAACAAAGGGAUUCAAGUGGACUGUAAAUAUCGACCAUGCAACCUCGAGAAUCUUAGAAAUGAUAUAUUUGCCGUGUUCAAGACACCUGCUUUGGAAAAUCCGGCCGUGGUAUUUAACAUCAUGAAUGAUGGGGAUAGAUAUUCGCCUAGGAACGAUGUUUCAUUUCGGGAGAUAUUGCGGUUGCUAAUAUCAAAGAGUAGCCUUAAGUUCACUGUGUUCAUUGAAACUCCUUCAAAGCCAUUCAACGAAUGGACAUUCCCAAAAGUGUGA